AUGACCGCAACGAUUACCAAAACAUCUUGCAUCAAAUGCAAUAAACCAAAACACACAGUGAAAUGCAGUGGAUGCUCUCAAGAUUUUUGCUUCGACCAUAUAGUUGAACAUCGCAAUGAAUUGAGUCAACAAUUAGACACAACAGAAGAUCAAUUUAAUCAGUUACGAAUUGAAAUAGAUAGGCAAAAAACCGAACCAGAAAAGCAUGAAUUAAUGAAAGAACUUGAUAAAUGGGAACGCGAAUCAAUCGAAAAAAUUAAACAAGUAGCCAAUGAAGUUCGUCGUGAACUAUCAUCGUGUGUCAUCAGAUUUGUAACUAAUUUAGAUGUAAAGCAAAGACAAUUGACAGAACAACUUAUUCAAUGUCGUAAAGAAAAUGAUUUUGCAGAUUCAAACAUUCAAUUCUUCAAUACAGAACUUAAACGAUUAAAAGAUACCCUCAACAAUCCAUCAGAUUUCAAAAUUGAAUAUGAUUCAACGUCAUUCAUUAAUAAAAUUCAUCUUACACAGAAAGGUAAAUCAUGUGUUCCAAUUAGGGCUGCAACAAUCGAAAGAAUUUUUCUUCAUUUUCGUUUAUCGAAAUAG